UAACCAUUGAUAAUAAGAAAAAUGAAGUUUACAUACAUUAUUAUAUUGUCAAUUGUUUUGUUGUUAUGUUUGACUCAAACGAGUUACAGUCAGGAAGACGAGGACUUCGAGACUCGAGUGGAAGGGGAUGAGGACGAGGGCGUCGGUAAUCUGGAGGAACUCAGGCGAAGGAAAAGACUGGCAGAUGAGUGCAGUUCAGACAGUGAUUGCGGAAGGGGUCAGGAAUGCGCUUAUGUGGGCUAUUCUCUAAGGAAAGCCUGUCAGCGAAGGGGUAGACUUAUUGGUUAAGAGGUACAAACAAAUUAUAAACAAUAAUUGCAAUUAUUGUUGUAUAGAAAUCA